AUGUGGUUGGCAAGCAGAGCUCCACGUAAAGUUUACGAUAAACUCACUUUCCGAAGUCUUCAGCUCGUCCCCUCCACUUUCCCUCCCUCUGCCCCUAGAACCCCUUUCUUCUUCGUCAUGCUUGCCUUCGCACCAGUCUCCACCUUCACAGGGCUCACAACUCGCCGCGCACAUUCCGCCAUUUCCCCGCGCAACCCUUCACGCCCCCGCCACACCCUCAACGUGCGAUGCACUCUAUCAGCAGCCGCUAUCGCCAACAAGUCGUACCAGCUUGAAGAGGACGAAGACUCCUGCUCCUGUACAUCCGCAGUCUACUUGUCAGAGGACGGCUCCCUUUCAAUUGGCAGGACCGACGGUCCAAGCCCUGAUAAGGUCGACGCUUCCUGGACUUAUUCUGACCGCGAUGGCGAACUCUUGCUCCAGAUAGAGCGUUACUUCGGUUCUGACGGCACGCCUUUCUCUGUCAAGAGGAUACUCAAAGGCCAUCUGGAUGACACCAGAAAGAAUCUUGUGGGUCUUCCGAUUUUCGAGGGUGCAAUGUAUAAGGAGCCCACCGAUUUUAGUCCGCAUUCCGAAGUUGGUUGGUUUGCUAUGAUUCUCGCAGUCGAUGAUCUGCCCCAAGAUGAUUUUGACAUAUCUAAGUCAUACUUUCCUUGCUACUUUUGCUCAGGCUUCACUCGAUCACUUCAAAUAUGUACAAGUGCUUCGCAUUAA